GAUAGAGACACUGUAUGUGUGAGUGUGAGAUGGACUGAGUGAGAGGGCGCUCUGUGUCGACCAGUGCUGCCGAUAGCAUUGAAAAUACGAUUUUAAAGUCGCUAAAUCAAGAAGAAAACAACAUAAUACCGUUAAUCAACCUUUCCCCUCCCACUCCAAACACACUAACACGGCAUUGAUGGUAAUGUAUGCGAGGAAACAACCGAGACUCGGCGAUGGGUGCGACCGAAGAGAUUCUCAGCCCUAUCAGGCUCUCAAAUACUCAACCAAGAGCCAUCCAGGAGGGGACCACCGGCAUGAAAAGAUGCGAGACUCGUCAGAUGUCACUCCUCCCUGCAAAAUGCUCAGGAGGUCUGACAGCCCUGAAAACAAACACAUCGACAGCACAGGGCACAACAGAGCAAAGGCUGUCCAUACGCACCGGGCCAGAGACAGGGAUGGAGGGACCAGUUAUUCUCCACAAGAAAAUUCUCACAACCACAGUUCCCUUCAUAGCUCCAACUCACAUUCUAACCCCAGCAAGACCUCAGACACACAUCACGAACCGGGUGACGACUGGUCAGAGCACAUCAGCUCGUCUGGAAAGAAAUACUAUUACAACUGCAGGACAGAGGUGUCCCAGUGGGAGAAGCCCAAAGAAUGGUUGGAGAGAGAACAGAGGCAAAAAGAGGCAACAAAGACUGCGGUUGUCAACAGUUUCCCCAAAGACAGAGACUACAGAAGGGAGGCUAUGCAAGCAUCGGCACCCCCUGGCUUCACUGCUGCUAAGUCAGCCCAGGUGGAGAAGCCUACAGCGACCCAUGCCACCCAGUCCCACUCAUCAUCCUCUGGCUCAGGGAGCUUGAACCCCUCAUCGGGUCCCCCUGGAUCAUCUGCCUCCACGGUGCCCGUGUCCCCGGUCCUGCAGUCCCCGGUCCCCCCACUACUCCAGGACCCCACCCUGCUUCGCCAGCUUCUCCCAGCACUUCAGACUGCCCUGCAGCUCAACAACGCUAGCGUGGACAUGGCGAAAAUCAACGAAGUUCUCACAGCUGCUGUCACACAAGCUUCAUUACAGUCGAUGCUCCAUAAGAUCCUCACUGCUGGACCAUCAGCGUUCAACAUCACUACUAUCCUCUCUCAAGCUGCUCAACUCUCAAGCCAAGCAGCUCAGCAAUCGAACCAGUCGCCCAUGUCGUUAACAUCGGACGCCUCAUCGCCCAGGUCUUAUGUGUCUCCGAGGAUCAGCACACCACAGACCAACGCUGGUCCCCAUAAACCCCUCCUCAGCACGCAGCCUGUCAUCUCACAGUCAAAAGUGAGCACGCAAGCGGGGAAGCAGGCGUCUCAUUCCCAGCCCACAUCCCAACAGUCCCUCUCCAUCGACAAGCAGCACAGUCACCACGAUGCCACCACGGCCUCCCCGCGCACCCUCCACCGCCAAGGCAGUCAGAGGAGUCCCUCCCCGGGUCCCAACCACGUGUCCUCCAGCAGCAACGCCUCCAACUCUGCCUCCGCUCCCUCCGCCGCUUCAGCAUCCCGACCCUCCUGCACUUUCACCCCCGCCCUCGCCGCCCACUUCAACGAGAAUCUCAUUAAACAUGUGCAGGGUUGGCCUGCCGAACACGCAGAGAAGCAGGCAUCAAGACUACGUGAAGAGGCUCACACCAUGGGAAGCAUCUGCAUGUCUGAGAACUGCACCGAGCUCAAAAACCUCCGGUCCUUGGUCAGAGUCUGUGAAAUACAAGCAACAUUGCGUGAGCAGAGGAUACUGUUUCUGAGACAGCAAAUCAAAGAACUUGAAAAGUUGAAGAAUCAGAAUUCCUUCAUGGUCUGAGAACUUCUGGUUUGCGAGUUGAAGCGAGAGUUUGGAGGUGGGGUGGAGAAAAGGGGGAAGACCCAUUGCACAUAGUUGGAAGCUGGAGGGGAGAGCAGUUGUUCAGUUCCUCUUGAGCCCAGUCUUAAACACAAACACACAGGAGCUGCAGUCGGGUCGGCUUUGGACCGUUUGGGGCCGGGAGAACCAAGAGGGGAAAACACGGACGAGCUGUCGGAGGGGGAGGGGCGGGGGCGCUUUACAAGACUCGGUUUUGUAAAAAUAACCCACGGCGGAGGAGGGGGAAAAAAAUGUAGAUUUCUUGUAGAUGUUAUUAUCUAUGUUGUAAAUAUGUUUUGUAGAUUGAAGCCAUGGAAAGCCAUGCCUAUCAAAGCUUUUGACAUCCAAAACUAAUCAACGCCUAGGCGGCUACGUUCAUUAGCUAGCCUUUUCCUUCAUGUUAACUCGUCUGCAGACUUAAAAGCUUCAUUUUUGUCAAAUCAUAGAUCACCGAACCAUUGAGCAUGUGCGACCUGCACGUAAAACGGAGGAGGAUGUUUUGAAAGCCAUUUAUAUACACAAAAGCAGAACACACUGGUGUCAAACGUAGUUCCUUUUCCUUAGAUAUCCAUUAAUCCGUCUAGAUUCUCUUCCUGUGCCCUCUCUCUGGGUGAACUGUACUCGGGCGUAAACAUCCACUUCCUGCAGGUCUAUCAUGGCUGCUCACAACGGUUCAGCGAUCUACUCGCAGCUUCUGGUGGCCCUGCAUGUCCCAGUCUGAAAAAAACAGUGCCUGGUGGUGUGGUGGAGUGAGUGAUUUAAAAAAAUUAAAUAAAAUGACUUGAGAGAUGCGAUGGCGUGCUGCUUUGGACCAUUCCCACUCCCCUCCCCCUUGGCCUCAGCCCUGCCCUGCCACACCCUCUCCUCGAGGCAUCAACACUUCACACCCUCUUUUUUCUUUAUGUUCCAACAGUUUUUCGGUUUCCUCUUUUAUUUCUGACAUUUUCAAGCUGAGGUGGGUACCACUGGUUCAUUCCUUUGUACAGUCGCUAACACACAGUGGAGUUUUAAAGAAGAGGACACAGAAUAAAAAAUUAAAAAAAAGGUUUUAUUUAUAAGAGUUGUAGUGACGAGCAUUUUCAUCUGUUCAGGAGUGGUACUCCGGCGACAGCGGGUUUAGAGGCGGAUGUACGCGGAUCACCUCUUGUGUCAGAGCAGGGCAACAAGAGGUCACAAGGUCAAAUGUGAAAUGUAUGUAUUGUAAUAAAGAUGUUCAACUAAAAAGCAAGCACUGGUUAUUUUCUUGGAGUAUUAAAAAGGUUUGGUUCAUACGCUAGUGCCUUGUUGAAAGUCUUAAAGUCUCAUUUUACCUGCAACACUUUAAUUUCAUCCUGUUUGACCAACACAAACAGAUCUUCAACAUGCACAGGCUUGUUUUUCUUCGAGCACGUCCCAUCCCUCCCUCCCUCCCUCUCUGACUUGUUUGUUCCCCACUGUUGAAGAGCCGGGUCCUGAGCUGCAAAAAGGCCUGUUGUUUUUCCCCACCGUACUAUCUAUUGAGUCUAUAACUGAACUGCACCACACAUUCAGUAAAGGUGACCACAGCAUUGCUUUGUAUAUUGUUUCCUGAAGUAUAUUGACAACUGAAAUAAAAUAUGCCUCUCCAGGG